AUGAAGCUCUUCAUUGCUGCCCUCCUGGUCGCGGCCAACGUCGUAUCCGCCCACUUUGAGCUGAAUUAUCCAACGUGGAGAGGCGACUCCUUCCUACCCCCUGCGUCUCAAUACAUCUUCCCAUGCGCCAAUGUCAACACCUCUGCCGAAUCCAACGCCAACCGCACCCUCUGGCCCCUCGACGGCGGCUCGCUGGUCAUCGACUUCCACCACCCGUGGACCUAUGUCGCCUUCAACCUGGGCUUUGGGAGUGACAUUGCCACCUUCAACAUCUCGCUGAACCCGAUGCUUCUCAACGAGACGGGCAACGGCACCAUUUGCAUCCCCAAGUGGACGCUGCCGGCGGACCUGGGCAUCACUGAUGGCAUGGACGCAUCGCUGCAGGUCAUUACCAUUGGAGAUAGUGGGACUGCUCUGUACAAUUGCGCCGACAUCCGCUUCAGCGCCAACGCCACCCUCCUCCCCGAAGACCAGUGCCAGAACUCGACCGGCGUCGAUAUCUACCCUCUCGUCCAGCAACUCGCCGACGGAUCCAGCACGUCAGAGGCGACAGCCACGGUCACAGUGACUGCGACUGCUACACCUGAAGCUGCGACCAACGCGGGAGGCAGGCUGAGCGUGCAGCAUAUGGGCGGACUCGCUUGGAGUGUUGGCCUCGCUGCCGUCGUGGCACUUGGGCUUGGAUUCUAG